GCCUGCACCUUCCGUUCGGAGGAGUCGCAGUGGUGAAAGUGUGUCAUCGACGCGACGUGCUGCGACCCGAGGGUUGCAGCGCGCUUCGAGUAAGCGCUCUCCCCACGCGACACGGCUCCCUCGGUGUCGUCGUCGUCGUCGUCGUGGCGGCUGUUACGACGGAUCAACUCACGGGGAUUCUCCCGAGAGAAACGUCGAAGUGGCAAGAAACGCGGCCGGGAAUCGCGUCGAUGAUCUCCUAAGGGUCGCUGAAUUUCUCGUAUCCUCGCGUCGUCAGUGCGAGAUCCUCGUGCGCGGACUCGAAGGCCAUCUCCGAUGUUACGGCCUAUUGGGAUAAGUCGGGGGAGGAAGUAGCCCAUCCAGGGUCUCGAGAAUCGUGACUGUCCUGCGAGGCAUUUCGAGGAGGAGGAAAGUCUGCCUGGCGAAACGUCGACGAAACGUCGAUAUGUCCGUUGCUUUACUGCGUGUUUGAGCGAAAUCGACGAUCUCCGUUCUUGGGAGUCGUUAGUCACCGGCGCUCGCGGACGAGAGGAAUUUCGUCGAAGUAUUUUGGAGAGGAAAGUACCGUCUCGAUCUUUCCUCCGAUUUCUUUAAUUUCCAUUUCCUCGUACCGACGCGAAGGUACUCAAGUAAACACGCAGGAGACACAGGCAACACACGGAUGCGAUAAGAGCGAGGGAGUUCUCGUCUGCGAAGCGACCGAGCGAUCGCGGGAGGAAGGAAGAGGGUGCCGUGCCGAUUCUCUCGUCAUCGCGUGUUCAGUGCGUUUUCACCGAGUGCUCUCGCGAGGUGGGGAUUCGCGGAUUGCAUCCAGCCGACUGAUCGAACUUGAAAUUCCACACAUAUCCGGAAAAUAUCAAUUUUUACCGAAGAACGAUCGACGAGUCUCGCUGAGUUGAUCGUAGUAAUCCUAUUGGAUAUAAGAAGUAGGAGAUCAGUUCACGUCCUCAUUACCGUCUUCGCCGUCUCUGCAAGUCAUCUCGAGGAGGAGGGAGCCUCGAAUUUAGCGAAACAACAAGGACAAGGGACGAACGCGUUUUCGUAAUGCGAGCGUCAGCUCGCAGGUGGUAGUCGACGCGGUGGAAUCGCGGCUGAUUCGUCGAUCUCCCGAGAGGAAGAACGACUCUCCCGAGUUCGUUCAGUGGCAAGUUGCGAGGGAGCUCGGGGGAUCGCCUCGUUAAUCGAAGAGACGCCUAUUUACGCGCCGGAAGAGAGCGAAAGAGCAAGGGAAAGGCAGAGAGGGAGCGGGGAGGGAGAGAGAGAGAGAGAGAGAGACGAAACCAUCGGGCACGAGCCAGCGCGUACGCUCACAAACCGCGCAUCACACCCACGCGAUCCGCGCGUGCGUGCUCUCACGUGUGCGGAUGCAGCCGGGUGGCACAACGUGGCGGUCACGCACCCACGCUCCGAGCUGCUCCGCGGGAUGCGUAUGAGCGCGUGACGUUAUCGCGCGCGCCAUACACACACACACACACACACUUACACACUCACACGUACACACAGACCCACACACGAGAAGCGGCCCACGCGAAACACGGCCGAAUGGACAGGAUCUAGCGGCCAGUUCAGAGAGUAAUCAUGCAUCCCACGUCUUUGCUGGUGGUGCUGGUGUUGCUGCCGCUGCUGUUGCUGCUCGAGCGCUGCCAGCUGGCACGCUCCUUCCUGCUGGAGGGCUCCGCGACGAGCUACGCGCAAUUCCGCAAAUGGAACGCCGGCUUGAACGGCACCCUGGAGUUCGAGUUCAAGACCGAGCAGGGCAACGGGCUGCUGCUCUACACGGACGACGGCGGCACUUACGACUUCUUCGAGGUGAAGCUGGUCGAGAGCGCGCUCCGGCUGAGGUACAACCUCGGCGGCGGUGCGCAGAUCGUCACGGUCGGCCACGACCUCGGCGACGGCCACUGGCACAAGGUGCAGAUCAGCAGGUGCAAUGAGAACACCACCCUGACGGUGGACGGUGUCGGCGCGGUCUCGACGUCGCGCGGCAAGGAGUUUGAGUUCGGCAAGCUCGCCGGGAACUCGGACGUCUACGUGGGCGGCAUGCCCAGCUGGUACAACAGCAAGCUCACGCUGCUGGCGUUGCCCAGCGUGAUAUUCGAGCCCAGAUUCAAUGGAUAUAUUAGGAAUCUCGUGUACGCCGACGGCGAGAAUACCGUGCCCAGGAGGCAGGAGAUGAAGAGCCGGGACGCCAAGUGCGGUGGCUUCCCGUGUGUCGACAAUGCCAGCAAACGCAAGGCCCCGAGGAGUUUACGCAACAUGAUGACGAAUACGACGGACGCCUGCGAGACUCGCGACCCGUGCCAGCAUGGCGGCAUCUGCAUCUCCACGGACAGCGGGCCGAUCUGUGAGUGUCGUACCGGAGAUUACGAGGGCGCCUACUGCGAGAAAGACAAAGCACCCUCGGAAGCGUCCUUCAGAGGGACCGAGUAUCUCACGAUAGACUUGAGCAAAGGGGACCCGGUGCUCAGUACACAGGAAUCCAUAAGCCUCCAGUUCAAAACGAGACAGCCGAACGGACUUUUAUUUUAUUCCGGAGAGGGCGAUGAUUAUCUCACCGUGUCGCUGAGAGACGGAGGCGCCGCGGUCGGGAUGACACUGGCCAAAGGAAGAUUGGAUCUGCACAUAAAGCCGACCAAAGUGCGGUUCGACGAUAAUCAGUGGCACAAAAUCUCCGUCCACAGGAAGGUUCAAGAGAUCUCCUCGAUUACCAGCUUCUGCCGGCUCUCCGCCAUCGUCGACGGGAUUUACGCCGAGCACGGUCAUACCGCGGGAUCGUUCACGCAUUUGGCGAGCGAUCAACUUCUCGUCGGCGGGGGUGCCGGCGCGAAGUCCUUGCAGGGCGCCAAGGGGAUCAACAACUUCGUCGGAUGUCUGAGAAAGGUGGAGUUCGCGGCGGAAGGAGUCAAGAUGGAGCUGAUCGAGGCGGCCAAAAGCGGCGCGGCGGGCGCUGCGGCUUGGGGAAAAAUGGAUUUCCACUGUCGCGAGCCCAGAGCUUCGGAUCCGAUUACGUUCACCACCAAGGACUCGCAUCUCAAGGCCGGAACGACAAUUGACUCGAGGCGGCUCCAUGGCACAAACGUCACCUUCACCAGCCCAGAGUCCCACCUGGUUCUGCCACCCUGGAAGGCGGCCAAGUCCGGAGUUAUGUCCUUCAAAAUCCGUACGAAUGAGCCGAACGGGCUGAUCAUGUACAGUCGCAGCGGAGCGCACAUGAGGCAAGAUCUGUUCGCCUUCGAGAUUCUCGGCGGACAUCUCUACCUGCACGUCGACCUCGGAAGUGGACCUGUCAAAGUGCGAGCGUCCAAGGCACGCGUGGACGACGGUGUCUGGCACGACGUCGCCCUGAGGAGAGUCGAAAGGGACGGCCGUGUCACCGUCGACACCUGGACAGUCGAGUUUCGCACGCCAGGCGAUUCUACACAGUUAGAUCUGGACGGUUUGCUGUACAUCGGCGGCGUCGGCGCGCCCUUCGCCCCGUUAACGGUGCCCCCGGUUUUGUGGACGGGCGCCCUCCGACAGGGCUACGUGGGCUGCCUGAGGGACCUCGUGAUCAAUGGACACCCGGUAGACAUCGCGGGAUACGCGCAGCAGCAGGAUUCCGGUGCAGUGAGACCGGCAUGCCCCAUUCAAACUCCACACUGCCCCUCGCAACCGUGCAUGCACGGUGGCCACUGUCUCGAAGGGUGGAAUCGAUUUCAUUGCGACUGCACCGGCACGCCUUUCACCGGACCCACUUGCGGCAAAGAUGCAUCGACACUGCACUUGAACGGCACGCAGCAGAUGACCGCGCUGAUGCCGGAGGACUCCAGGACGCAGGCGGAGGAGGUCAUCGUGCGAUUCAAGACGACGCGGCAGCGCGGUCUCCUCUUAGCUACGAGCCUGGAGAACAGCUCCGACCGUUUGCAGAUCUACCUGGAGGAGGGCAAGGCGAGGAUGCUGAUCCACAUCGGCGAUCGGGAAAAGAUAUUGGUAGCUGGGCAAGGUCUCAACGAUGACAUGUGGCACACGCUGAGGUUCUCCAGACGCUCCAACUCGCUGAAAUUCCAGGUCGACGACGAGGCAGCGGUGCGAGCGGAGACCCAGUUGGGCAAGCAGAGCAUACUAGAAUUCCGCACCCUUCACGUGGGUGGAUAUCUGCAACCGGGCGAGGACGUACCGCAUUUCGUGGGCCAGCUGCAGCAGAUCUGGUUCAACGGGUAUCCGUACUUGGAGAUUGCGCGCAGCGCCGGCAAUCACGAGAACUCGCAUCAGGGUGUCACACCCAUCAUCAGGGUGACCGGCAAAUUCGGCAAAAGGAACCAUCCGGUGCAUCAUCCGGUGACUUUCACCUCCAAGCACACCUUCGUCGGCCUGCCGGUACUUAAGGCGUACGUGGAGACCAACAUUUACUUCCAGUUUAAGACGCGCGAAGCGAACGGCUUGAUCCUUUAUAACGCCGGAAGGGAACGUGACUUCAUCGCGGUCGAGCUGGUUAACGGACACGUGCACUACGUGUUCGACAUGGGUGACGGGCCCGUCAGGGUCAGGGACACCUCCAAGUCCAAACUGAACGACGGCAAGUGGCAUGCCGUCAGCAUCGGCAGACCCUCCCCGAAGAAGCACACCCUCGCCGUGGACGAUCACGUGACCGUCGGCAACAGUCCGGGCAGCAACGAGAAUCUCGAUCUCGACGGCAUAUUGUAUAUCGGCGGAGUGGAGAAAUCGCAGUACGGCCAGCUGCCGAAGCCGGUGGUCAGCCGGCACGGGUUCGAGGGUUGCCUGGCGUCGUUGGACCUCAGCGGCGAGAGCACCGACCUCAACACGGACGCCGUGGUGCCGAGUUCCCAAGUGAUAAGCGGCUGCGACGUCUACACCAACCUGCAUCCGGGAAAGAAGUGUACCCACGAUCUCUGCGCGAAUCACGGCACAUGUGUGCAACAGUGGAACAGUUACACCUGCGACUGCGACAUGACGAGCUUCACCGGGCCGACCUGUAGCGACGAGGCGAUCGCCUACGAAUUCGGAGCCGGCCGUGGGAUUAUCACGUACACCUUCCCGGCGGACCGCCGGCCGGAAAUGAAGAGGGACACCGUGGCUCUGGGUUUCGUUACCGGCGCGAACGACGCCGUGCUGCUCAGGAUAGAGUCCGCGUCGAGUAACGAUUACCUCGAGAUCGAAAUCGUGGAAGGCAACGUGUUCGCGGUGUACAAUAUGGGCACCAACGACCACCCGAUCGGCGAGGUCGGCGUUAAAGUCAACGACAACCAAUACCACGUGGUCAGGUUCACCAGGACAGGGCCGAACAGUACGUUGCAGGUCGACGACUACAAUCUGCAGUCUAAUCAUCCAUCGGGUCACCAACUGACGGUGUUCAAUAGCCAGUCCACCAUACAAGUGGGCGGCCGGUGGAACCGCAGCAGGAACAAAGUGGAACGACCUUUCUUGGGCGUGAUAGCCGGCCUGGUGGUCAACGGCGCCCGGAUCCUGGAGCUGGCGGCCGGCAAAGAUACCCGAGUUAUGACCAGAGGGGACGUCCAACUCCUGCCGGUCGGAAGCCUUCUGGAUCGCGCCCCGCCGUUGCAGAGGAUGCAACAGACGCCUGCGUCCGGCUUCCCUGGCGUCAUGGACGACCUGAUAUUUUCCGGCGCCGGAAGCGGUUGCGCCGGCGACGACGAGGACGAGGAAUGCACGCCGAUCUACGAGUCUGGUUCCGGUAAGUACGACAUCAUCACGCCCGUGUACGUGGCGCCCACGCGAUUACCGACGACGCUGAGGCCGAAAUCGCGCAAGGGGAACAUCCAGGAGCGUCCGUCCUGCGACGACGAGGAGGACUGCGAGGAGGGCUCCGGCGAUCCCGGCACGACCGAGGAGAUCUUCGUCACCUCAGCCACCGACAUCAGCUCGACGUACACGACGUCUCGCGAGUACACGACCAGCCACAUCAGCACGCAGACCUCGUCGACGUCGUCGACAACGUUGAGCCGUGACGUCGUCACCGUCUCCGUCCAGUACAAUGUGUCAACCACAGAUCUCGAGACCAGCCACGGCAGCAGCGUCGUGACGCACCGAUCCACCACCGUGACCAGCCCGAGCACCACGACGACGGAGAUGACGGAGCCACCGCCGCCGCCACCGCCGCCGAUGUACCCGCCGCUGCCCACCCCGCCCAAGAACAACAACAACAAGCGAAUAACAUCCGAGGCGGCGGAGAACGCCGCCCUGAUAAUCGGUAUCAUCGCGGCCGCGCUGAUCGCGAUCGUGCUCAUCAUACUGAUAAUCCUCAAGUUCAAGAACCGGCCGGAGAGCAACUACAAGGUCGACGAGACCAAGACGUUCUGCCAAGACCCGAACGCGGCCCUGCUGGGCGCCGCCGGCUCCGGCCAGGCGUUCAACGGCGCCCUGAAGAACGGCGCCAACGGCAGCAAGAGCAACAAGAAGCGAGAACUGAUAGACAUUAAAGAGUGGUACGUGUAAGGGAGCGGAAUCCGCGCGCCGUCGCUCCGGACGCUCGGUGCUGCUCGCAUCUCUCGUCGCCUUUCGUCUUUUCCCGUUGGAAAGGCCGCGGGGAUCGAGAGGAUCCGAUUUGCGGGAGAACGCGUGCAAACGGCGUGCUCGCCGGCGGGGCUCCUCGCGACCGACCAGCGUGCAGGGCCGCCUCCUUGUGCUGGGCGCCGCGUGUCAGGCUAGUCUUACCGGUCCCGACGUGCAGAUCCGAGGAUCCGUCUCGGAGGGAGCUGAUCGGACGAGAGAAAGAGGAAGAGAGAGAGAGUUCUCGAGUCGUUCGCCGCGACGUGGUGGACAGUUCUCACGGUCGCCUCGCGAAAUCCACGGUGAAGUAUGAAAUGAGUGUACAGGUCCGUGCGGUCCUCCUCGAAGAGGCUCCCUCGGCCGGAGGGAAGCGAGGUCCUCGGCGAUGAUCGCUCGUGGGAGGACGGGAGGUCGCGAGAAUUAAGAAUCCUUAUCGUGUCCCUUUGCAAUGUUCCUGAGAAGAAUUCGCGACGCGCGAGAGACCAGGUCUCUCGUCCUCGACAGGAUCACUUUCCUAAGGACUCGCCUUGAAGUCGUGAUCGGUGGAUCGUGCGAGCUGAGGAAAGGACGUGCUCGUCCUUCCGAGAGGAGGACUGUGGCGAGGUCGGAGCCACGUUGGCUCCGAUCGGGACACCUGAGAGAGACUCCUCGCUGACUCCGAGCGCGCGGAGCCGGGGACGUCGCUUGCUGGGUCGGUCGCGCUUAAUAAUUCCAUACAAUUGAUAAUUACAGUGUAAUGAAAAUAAUUGUAAUUCAUGAUCGGGAGUGGAGAGAGGAAAGCGAGAGACGAGACGCUGAGCGCGUGAAGCGGCUUCGAUCUCGGGAACGAUUUCGAGGAACGGAGGGGAGAAGCGAGAGGGGUGGUUUUAGGGGAUACAAUUAACGGAGGAGAGACGCCGAGAGUGAUAUUGAGCGCGCCGCGGCUGAUUCGCGCGACGUGAGAAACGAGAGUCUUAGGAAUCAACUCGCACCGAUGGGACGGGCCGUUUUGUUGCUUCGCGGACUUUACUUCCAACAUUCUCGCCGCGAGCGGCCUCUCGAGCAGGAAUUUCGGGAUGUGGCGCGCGCGGGUGUCUCGCAUCAUCAUUGUUUAUCGCUGUGAGAUUUUACGAACGUUACGGAGCCUUUCCGGUUUGAGAUUGUUGGAUCUCCGGGGGGAGGGGGAGGGGAGUGUUUUGCUUUAAUUAAUUCGAGUUAGUUUAUCGCGCGUAGCGUCGAUAUCGAGCGUGCGAAGUCGAGUUUCAUACAAAGCACGGAGACACACGUACGUACACACACACACACACGCACACACACAUACACACGCACACAAAGCGACGUUCCGCAAUUCCGCCACCGCUGCGGGAACGCUGUUUCGCCUAAAAGCCGAGCGCUCUUCGCGCGCGAUUCGUCACGAUCGAUUCGAUUGUAGAUAUUAGUAAAUUAGACGAUAAGCCGCGGAACGUGAUAUCCCCGUCGUGGUCGAGACGACGCAAUUUCAAGCUCUCCGGGUAUCGUUUCUACGCGAAUGCAACGCUUCCUGGUAACGAGAAUCCGAGUUACGUCGCAUCGUCGACGCGCGAGCGAGCGAGCGAGCCUCGUGAGAGACGAGAUGUUGGAAGUGAAACGAGAGCCAGGAACGAAAGUAUCGCCACCGAGCGAUCUUACUCUAUCCUAUUAACACAUUCAUUGUUGUAUAGAAGAGCAAGAAAAUAAUAUAUAUGUAUAUGAUACACACACAUAUACACACAUACACACACACACACACACACACACUUAUCGAUUAUGUUAUGCGUGUAAAUUGUUUGACGGGUUAUAUAAAUAGAUUUUAUUAUA